UGGUAACUGUAAAAAACGUGUCAGCGCGUGUGUGACUACAUUUCCCAUGUUGCACUGCGAUGUUUCUGCGUUUUGUCAGCGCUAAACCAUCACACCCAUUUACUUCUUUUUGAGGGCUUUUCACUAUGUACAUAGAGUUGGCAGUGGCAUUGGUGCUUGGGGCAGUGGUUGCCCUGGUGUUUUUGAGAAAGAAAAAAGGUCCUCUAAAAGCACAGGAUAACUGGUGGGGUGUGGGAAGUCGACCCCAAGAACCUGAGGAUGACAGCAUUCGCCCUUUCAACAUUGAGACAACUACAGAGGAGAUUGAUGAUCUGCAUCGAAGGAUAGAUCAGACCCGCAGUUUUCCUGCUCUUGAAGAGAGUCAGUUUAACUAUGGCUUCAACUCCGGAUACCUUGAGAAAGUUGUUUCUUAUUGGAGGAAUAAUUUUGAUUGGAGGAAACAAGUGGACAAACUGAACCGAUGUCCUCAUUUCAAAACCAAAAUUGAUGGAAUUGAUAUUCACUAUGUCCACGUGAAGCCCAAGAAGCUGCCAGAAGGAACCCGUGCUGUGCCUCUGAUGAUGGUACAUGGAUGGCCAGGCUCUUUCUAUGAAUUUUACGGUAUAAUCCCUCUGCUAACGGAGCCAUCCAGCCCUGAUGACAUUGUCUUUGAAGUUAUUUGUCCCUCCAUACCUGGCUAUGGUUUCUCUGAGGCUCCUCAUAAGAAAGGUUUUGACUCGGUGUGUACAGCGCACAUAUUCAGUAAACUGAUGAAGCGACUUGGUUUCGAUCAAUUCUACGUUCAAGGAGGAGAUUGGGGUUCACUUAUCACUACUAAUAUGGCCCAGCUGGAGCACAACACUGUGAAAGGUCUCCAUAUUAACUUUGCUGUCCCUGUACCAGGCCUUCUUACGGUUUUGUCUUUAGUUUUUGGGCGAUGGUUCCCCAACCUGUUUGGCUUUACUGAGCAUGAUUUGAAACGUAUCUUUCCCUGUGUGAAGAAGCUUGUGUUGGAUACCAUGAAAGAAUCUGGAUAUUUGCACAUACAAGCCACUAAACCUGACACUGUGGGACGUGGAUUGAAUGACUCUCCUGUUGGUUUGGCUGCCUACAUUUUGGAGAAGUUUUCAACCUGGACCAAUCCUGAAUUUAGGAAUCUUGAGGAUGGUGGAUUGGAGAGGAAGUUUACUCUUGAUGAUCUACUGACAAAUGUGAUGAUCUACUGGACCUCAAGGUCCAUUAUAUCCUCAAUGCGGUUUUACAAGGAGAAUUUAGGCAAUGGUGUCAAUCAGCCCCAUACAAAAAUUCCGGUUUAUGUUCCAGCGGCCGUGGCCUCUUUUCCCAAUGAGCUCAUGCAUUGCCCUAAACUUUGGGUCAAACAGAAAUUCCAUAACCUCAAGACCUACACACCUAUGGCUUGCGGCGGACACUUUGCGGCUAUGGAGGAGCCACAGUUACUGGCCGAGGACGUUCAGAAGUUUGUAAAGAUUGUGGAAAGAAAGAUGGAAUGAGGAUAGUUCUUAUGCUCAUGUGCUCUUAUUCAACUCUUAAAUGUAUUUAAAGAGUGACCAUUAGCUUUCAGAGCAAAUUAAACUGCUAGGUCACAAGUUGCAGCAUAAUUAAGCUAUUACCAAGAAUUGUAUCAUUUAUAUUCAUUUUUGGGCAAUAUUACUGAAUGCUGAGAUGUAAGAAGUAUGCUGGAAAUAUAAGAAAAACACUAUUGCAGUUUAUCAUGUGCUUUGUUGUGUUACUUUUUGUUUGUGUGAGGUUUUUGUAUGUAUUAUAUCUAUAUCAGCUUAAUCUCAGUAUUUACAGUACAAAACCGAUCAAGCCCAAGACUUAAGGAAGAUUGAGAAACUCCAUGGGAAGUUGAUGAGAUUAAUGGUCUCCAAAGAGUCUCACAGUGGAGCCAUGGAAACAUGACUGAAUCAAUCCAAGGACAUUUCAGUGUUGAACAGUUGUUUUCAAAACAAUCUGAGGGCUGACUAAUUUAGGAGACCCAGAUCUACUGGCGGAAGAAGAAGUUUGGUUUAAGUUUGUCGACUAAAAUUAGAUAUGACAGGCUUUUGGAAAGAGCAAGUUGCAGGAACUUCCCACAAAAGCAGCUGUGUUUGUGUCCUUGUAGGCUGGAACAAAAUGUGAUGGAUUUGCAGUUUUAGUGUUCAUUUACCUUGUAUGCCUUAUGUUUCAUGUUCGGAGAAAAGAAAUUUAACUUGCGUCAAUAUCAAGAAUUAUGUUUAAACAGAACAUCAUCGACCAUGUUUUGAUAAAACCCAAUUCUUAAGUUUGUAUAGACGGUUUCAUCUGAUGCACGUGAUACACGUCUGGAUCCGAACCUUACUUCCGGUUUCGUUUUGACUAGUUGCUAAACUGAUCUCUUGAACAAAUGCCUCGUCGAAAAUAACACAUGUUUUGGUUUCCUAGGUAAUCUAUGUGUUGUUUUUUUGCUUGUUAUAUAAAUAAACUACGUUUAAAGUACUUUGUUGUUAUGUAUUAUUAGCGGAGUUUACCGGAAGUUACGUGCGGACCGCGACAGCCGCUUGUUUAUGUUAUUAUUGCUGAAACCGUCUAUAUCUAUGCAUAAUGUCCAAUAAUAGGCCUACUACAUGUUGUUUCUCCCUUUCAGUUCUCUACAAGCUUAUAAUGAAAACGUUUUGGGUAUAUCUAAAUAACUUAAAUUGUUUUGAGAGUGAUAAUUUACACUUGUAGAUGUAGAUCAAAAAAGUUAAUAAAAGUUGAUAAGAAGGGGAAUGGUUAAAAGUUAAAAACUUUAAUGAAAUGCUUUGAUCCACAAAUGUUUAUUGUUACGUCGCUAUAAAAUUUUACUGUUACCUUAAUAUUGUAACCGUGUUACAACUGAGUCUUGAGCUUUCACUCCGAUUGUUAUUUUUUAUACCAGAGGAAGUGGGACAGGUAAGAUUUUGUGCGACUUCCAUUGUACAACACUUGGGUAACGCAAUGUUUAAAUACAUUAGAUAAGAGGUGUAGGCCAUACUUGUCAACACCACCGUUUUUUCUGGAAUUCUUCCGUACCUAUUUUACCAUUCAUUCACGCCAUCAUCCUGUUUAAACAAUUUCCCGUAUUUUUGGUCUUUCUAUAAUAAAUCCCACAUACAGUAAGGAAAAUAAGUAUCUGAACACUUUGCUAUUUUGCAAGUUCUCCCAAUUUGAAAUGAUGGAGGGGUCUGAAAUUGUCAUCGUAGGUGCAUGUCCAUUGUGAGAGACAUAAUCUAAAAAAAAUCCAGAAAUCACAAUGUAAGAUUUUUUUUAACUAUUUAUUUGUGUGAUACAGCUGCAAAUAAGUAUUUGAACACCUGCCUAUCAGCUAGAAUUCUGACCCUAGUUUGCCUUAAAAAUGUCCACCUCCACUCCAUUUAUUGUCCUAAAUUGUUUGAGGUCGUCAGCUGCAUAAAGACACCUGUCCACCCCAUACAAUCAGUAAGAAUCCAACUACUAACAUGGCCAAGACCAAGGAGCUGUCCAUAGACACUAGAGACAAAAUUGUACACCUCCACAAGGCUGGAAAGGGCUACGGGGAAAUUGGCAAGCAGCUUGAUGAAAAAAGGUCCACUAUUGGAGCAAUCAUUAGAAAAUUGAAGAAGCUAAACAUGACUGUCAAUCUCCCUCGGACUGGGGCUCCAUGCAAGAUCUCACCUCAUGGGGUCUUAAUGAUCCUAAGAAAGGUGAGAAAUCAGCCCAGGACCUAAAAAGAGCAGGGACCACUGUUUCCAAGGUUACGUACACUAAGACAUCAUGGUUUGAAAUCAUGCAUGGCACAGAAGGUUCCCCUGCUUAAACCAGCACAUGUCCAGGCCCGUCUUAAGUUUGCCAAUGACCAUUUGGAUGAUCCAGAGAAGUCAUGGGUGAAAGUCAUGUGAUCAGACGAGACCAAAAUAGAAUAAAUCCACUAAAUGUGUUUGGAGGGAGAAGAAUGAUGAGUACCAUCCCAAAGGACACCAUCCCUACUGUGAAGCAUGGGGGUGGUAGCAUCAUGCUUUGGGAGUGUUUUUUGUUAUUUUUCUUUAUUUACUUUGGCGUCACUAACUUCUCAUUUUCUUUUGGUUUUAUAUAUUCAUUUAUUUGUCCAUAUCUAUUUUCUCACCUGUAUAUAAUAAAUCACACAUUUCAUUGUUA